GGAAAUCGACCUUUUAUCCCAGAACAUGUUCCGUCUUUUUAUGCUGAAUUGAUUAGAAUGUGUUGGGAUGCAUUGCCAGAAAAUCGUCCCGAAAUGAGAAAAGUUGCGGAUAUUUUUAAUUAUUGGAGGAACAAGAUAAUUACUUCUGGUAAUAAUUAUCCAAAUGCAAAUGAUCAUAAUAUUGUCCACAAAGAAUUUCAAAAAGCUGAUGAUUUUAGGCUACAAAAUGAUUUUUCUUCUAUAAUUAGAUUUAGUAAACUUCAUAUUGAUGCUUAUUAUUCCAGUCGUUGUCAUAUAUUUAACUUUCCUAAAGAUUUGGUUGUCGCAAAUUUAUAUUCUCAUAAGCAAUCAAGACAAUCAGCCUCUGUUAGGAGACACGUAAUUCCUGAUACUGGUCCUUUAAUUACUCCUAUCUCUGAUUCAAUUUAU